AUGUCAAAAUGUAAUUAUUCAUCAUAUACGCAAGAGCAUUAUUCAAAUCUCCCAUCUUAUGUACCAUUACGUGAGAUGAUCAAUGGAAACAUUGGUCAUUUAAUUGUAAUUGCUUGUAUAACAACUUUGAGUGUUUUAUAUGGCAAAGAACGACGAGAAACAAAACAAAUUGACAAAGGUACAUGGACAUCAAUUAUAAAUCCAAUAACAUACUCUCAAUCAGCAAUAGAAAAAUUACUUAACGAAGGUGGUUAUGUUAUGAUAAGUGCAGGACGCAAUAAUAAGAUGCCCAGUGAUCGUAAUUUGAGUGAUGAUACUAUUCAAGAACGAACCAUUAAUUUGACUAUUGAUUUGACCAAUUUAUAUGCUUAUUCAUCUAUGAUGGGUGUCUAUAAUGGUGAUAAUGAAACAAGUUUCUUUGUUAUUCUACACAAUGUUUCACCGAAUGUGGAACGUACUGUAUUUAUUCAAUUAGGUCACAAAUAUAAUCAAGAGUCUAUCAUUUAUGUUAAAAGAACUACUCCUACAAUACAGCAGUUCAUCUAUACAACAGGUGAAUUCAGUGGAAAAUAUGUCGAAGGACAAGGAUAUGAGGUACUUACUACAAAUGUAACAGACGAUUAUAGUGAAUUAAAACUAUGUCCGGAUAGCAUCUUCAAAUUUACUCUGAAUUUUGAUUUUGGAACUGUGAUUAUGGGGAACACUCGAAUAAAAACACGACAACUGAUUGAUCAUCAUACUAACUAUGUACUAGCCAAUCAGCAGAGACGAAACUCUUGAACGUGUUCUGCAAUGACUAAUAUGAACUGGUUUCUUUUUUUUCUACAAAUAACUAACUUGAAUGUCUUCAAUAAAAAACCAAUGAAUGUGUUUUGGAUAUGGAUCAAAUUGGAACUAAAAGCAGGUGAUAUCGGAUUUGAUGAGAUUUUUGAGAAAGCCAACAACUCCUACUAGACGAUGAUUAAUGGCUAGAUACAGGCAACUAAUAGUUUUACAAAAUUCUGACUAACGAGUAAAGGUCUCCUUCUUAAAGAGAGUUUUUGAGAUAAUAUUUUCCCCAUAGCUAAAUCUUGAUGCUUCGAGAAAAACAUUGAAAUACGUCGGACCCAUCGGUCUUUGUUCAGAAAAUACUGAAUUUUCCGGUACCAAAAAUAACAUUAAGCUAUAUGAGAACUUUACUCGAUAAAAUCUGCUAUCGACAAACUCGAGUAUGAAGUUUCCACACGGUCCAUUCAAAAUAUCAGCAGAUUCAUAUAUCUAGUACAGAUAUGUAGGAUGUGAUGUGUAGGUUGCUAUCCUUUCUUCCUACCAAUACCUACAUCCACAUUGUCAUCCCAGACAUAUAU